CGAUCAAGAUCUAUUUUGCAGAAAACGCACCGUUUUGUGUUCUCGCGGACUUCGAAAAUGUCUGGCGGUGGUUCCACUUCCAAGUGCGCGCGGCUCUGCCGCCUGAUCGACGACUCUCUUCGUCCUUAUGCUGAAUUAGAUGUGGUUCCAAUGACGAAAGAGAAGGAGAAAGAAAUUCUUAUAGCUCUUUCUCAGGUUUUUCGACAAGUUCAGCUCUGGAAUCAAGAAUUUGAUUCCGACUCUGAUAAUGAUUCAGUGCUGCUACUGGAUUGUGAAAGUGGAUGCUCAAGUGGCUCCGGCCCACAUUAUGAGGAAAUUCAGUGUCUAUCUAAAAUCUUAGCUGACUUGAUAGUUUUGCUAACCUUCGAGAGUCGAUAUGUUCAACAUCUGGCUACCAAUGUUCUUGUUGUUGUCUCAGAGUUUGUGGCUGCAUCUGGGCGUAACUGGGAUGCAUUUAUUCAUUUGUUGUGUGGUUGUUUGGAUACCGCGAUCACCAUCAAACUUACAUUCGAUUCAGCACCUUCACCAACUGGAGCUGAUGAUUCAAAUUUUGGUUCAUCAAGUUUUGUUAUUAAGUUGAAACAAAAGCUGAAAGAUGCUAAUUGGUCCACAGCGGCUAGCAUUGUUCGAGUUUUACGCACAAUAUUGAAAAUUUUCAAUACUGAGAAUGAUGUUCAGUUCCUCACUUUCUACUUCGAUUCCGUCAGUUCUUGUCUUUCAAAUGUGCCUUGGGAUUUACUGACUCAGAUUUGUGUUCCUCCAAAUGUUGUUCAGAAAAGCUCUGGUGCAGAUGCUCUGUUUCACAGAUCUGUGUUUCUGGGAAAUUUCACCCAGUUCCUCUGUUCUUUGGUAGAGCAAAGUUAUGCUGUGGAGGCUGCAGGUGAUUCUGCGAAGAAGCGUCCAGAUCUUCAAAUAAUUAUCAACUUUGUACCUAAACUACUAAAUUGGUGCCUUGGAAAGCAAGGAGAUUGUGUUAACACAUGCAUCUUGCUUUACUUCAGACACAAGCUUUUGGUUUUAAUGAUCAGGCUUAGUUUUCGGACUUCUUUAGAUUGUUCCAUUCUUGUAUCUUGGUUGGGACUUAUGCAUGCUUACUUCAGCGAAUAUUUGCAACAAUCCAUGACAUCGCUUAAGGCAGUUCAGGGUGAUUGUCUUGAAGGCUCACCUUUUCUGUUGAGUGUUUCUGAUACAGAAGUAAAUAAUCUAUGCUCUCAUCAUGUACAAAGACUUGCCGUUUUCCUUUUCCUGAGAUGUUCCCUUGGUCUCAUAAGCUUGAAGAGUGAUAAUGAUGAGAAAUGUGCAUGUGCAAGUCAAAACUUAUGCUUGCCCUCUGAGUCAAAUGUGAACUUGGAAUGUUGUGGAAGAAAGAAGGGUAUACUAGAACUUUAUAACUGGCUUCAAGGACAUCUUCCAGUUUCCAUCUUUGUGGACCAUAACAUAUACUUGCAAAAGUGUAUAGACUUUGCCUUAUCCUUUCUCCAACUAUACAUGCACGAGGACGAUCUGUUAUUUAAAGUUCUCCUUCAAUUGUUUUGUGUGCCAUUUCCUGCUGAGCGAUGGUUUCAGAACCUAAAAGGUGAUCUUCACAAUGCAAAGGGCGAUAUGCUUUUUCAUGUUUCUAACGUUUUCAAUCCCGUGCACCUAUUUCAUUUAUUUCUUUUAGAGUUACACUAUGAUCAUCAGGUGCUUCUGGAUUAUCUUAUUUCAAAAGAUACUGGAAUCAGUUGUGCAGAAUAUCUCCUAAGGUGCUUGCGCAUGGUGUGUGAUUCAUGGCACUCUUUUGUGCAGUUCUCAGUGGGUGGACAGAAUGUAAAUCAAUCAUCUUGCAAGAAAAGAAAGUGGGAUGGCUCAUUGUUUCAGACAGAGAAAUCUUCUUCAUCUGUCAAAAAUGAUAGAACUUCGACAAUACUUGAGAAGGAAUGUAAUGAACACAAAUAUGGCUGCAAGGACAACCAAACCAUAGGACAGCGAUAUAUGGAUGCCAAAGAGUGUUUGCUUUCACUGAAAAUUUCUGUUGAAAGUCUUCAUCAGAAGGAUUUGUUUCCAUACAAUCCAAAAGUGCUUUUGAAACGGUUAACAAGAUUUCAGGAGCUCUGUUUAAGGGAUGAGCAAAAUUACCUUUAAAAGAGUGGACAAAUUACCUUUAACAGUGCAGGGGGCAUCAACGUUCAGAAAGCACUGUAUCUUGUUAGUGAGACCUGGUCUUGUUGG